CUAUCACUUUUACUUGUCUCCAAAUUGAACUUAUUUCUGCCUAUCGGGUUGUUAAAAUUGUUCUCGACCCCAACUCAGCUCUCUAAGCGUUACAAUGGUGCUUGACCAUAUCAAAGGUGUGGGCCAUGGCCUUGCCGGUGUCUUGCCAAAAGAUGAUAUCCCGUGGUAUAAAAAACCCCACCUUCUUCGCCUCAACUUCUCCAUCCUCUGCCUCGUCGCAUUCUCCUCAGCCAACGGCUACGAUGGAUCAAUGAUGAAUGGUCUCCAGGCUCUCCCUCAAUGGCAAGAGUUCAUGAAUCAUCCCACCGGUGCUUGGUUGGGAUUCAUCAACGCGGUUCAAUCACUCGGUGCCUUGGUUCUCCUCCCGGUGGUGGCUUGGUGCAAUAACGCAAUCGGCAGGAAGAAGACAAUCGCCAUAGGUUAUUUCUGGUUGUUUCUCGGCGUUGGUCUACAGACUGGGGCUACAAAUCACGUCGCCUUUGUUCUUGGUCGUCUCUUCCUGGGUGGCGCAACAGCAUUCUAUUCUGCUUCAGCGCCACUGCUCAUCACCGAGACCGCUUAUCCAACCCACCGUGGUAUUUUGACUGCAUUAUACAACACGGGUUGGUAUGUUGGGUCCUCAAUCGCUGCGUGGGCAACGUACGGCACACGCAAUUACGAUAACUCUUGGGCCUGGCGCGUCCCUUCCAUCCUCCAAUUGUUGAUUCCAGUCCUGGCCCUUCCAGGCUUCCUCCUGGCGCCGGAGUCGCCUCGCUGGCUUUGCGCAAUGGAUCGUUCCACAGAAGCGCGCGCUUUCCUCGUACGCUAUCACGCAGGCAAUGACGAAACUUUGCCACUCGUCCAGUUUGAACUUGAGGAGAUCGAUGGAACUCUCCGACUUGAGCGCGAGUUGAGCGUGGAGACUAGCUACAUGGACAUGGUCCGGACCAAAGGCAACCGCCAUCGCACAUUUAUCUCAGUCACAAUGGGGAUAUUCUCUCAAUGGAGCGGCAACGGUAUCGUCUCAUACUAUCUCGCUCCUGUUCUCACCACCAUUGGUGUAACCAGUGUGACGAAUCAAACUCUCAUCUCCGGACUCCUUCAGAUCUGGAACCUCAUACUCGCUGUAGUUGGGGCAGUUAGCGUCGAUCGAUUGGGCCGGCGGUCGCUGUUCCUUGUGUCUUGCCUUGGUAUGCUUACUUGCUACAUUGUGAUCACCGGGCUUGCAGCAAGCUUUGCCAAGACCCAUGUGUCUUCAAUUGGGGUAGCAGUGAUUCCGUUCUUGUACAUCUACUUUGGCUUCUACGACAUCGCAUUCACACCUCUCCUCUUCGGCUAUGUCUGUGAGAUAUGGCCGUACACCCUGAGAGCAAGAGGUGUGGCAGUGACGCAGGUUGUUACCCAGCUGGCCGUUUUCUUCAACAUUUUCGUCAACCCCAUUGCGCUUGAAGCAAUUGCGUGGAAGUACUACCUGGUCUAUGUGGUAAUUCUUGUUCUCAUCACCUUAACCAUCUACUUUCUGUAUCCCGAGACAAAUGGGCAUAGCUUGGAGGAGAUGGUUGCUGUCUUUGAUGGAAAGGCUGCGGAUACUAGCUUCAGCGUCAAGAUCGACAAGACCGAGGGAGAGGAGGAGCAACAGGUCGAGAAAGUGUGAAAUGAUACCUAUGCACGUGGGUAUUUCGAGUACAUCGGGAGGCCCUUUCCUGUUUUCCGAGGGACGGAUUUUGGAAUUUUUUGCAGAUCUUAAGUAUCUUCCAUUGUCCGCAAGACAGUACGCCUCCGCAACUUGCACAUCAUACAUGAGUGUUUCAAUUCAGUGACAUUCAACGUGAGUUUAAUACGGAUGAUCUUUUAGCCAAUUCGUC